UAUCCAAUAUAAACAGCACCAUACUCGUUUCCUGCACCUUUAAUCACCAUGGUACUGAUAUUGGUCUUCCUGAACUCUUUGCUAUGGAAUGGAGUGUAUCUAGACGCUACAGUCACCAUCUACAACGAGUGGCUCUCUCAGGGUGGACGUGUCCAUUAUGAAGCUGACAGAUGGACCAAACAUAAUGGGCUUGACCGCGCAAACCUUAUUCCAUACUGUAAAGCUGUUGGAUCCCCAACCGGACGAUGGAUGAACAGGGACUUGAAUGAUCAUCUCUUUGGAAAUUGGCCCCAGGAUCCCCAUCACCAUGGUUACCCGGAUCCCCACUACCUAGAGAACCACGCCCUCCAAUCAAAGAUGUUCAGUUACUACAUGGAACAAGUGCAUGGCUAUGGAAGUGAAAUUAAGAACAUUAUUUGGGACUUAAAAGGUUUGAGCUGGCCUGACUGGAUGGACAAAUCUCACCAUGAAGGGAAAUUCCCCAACAACCUCGAUGCUGCGGGUGAAUUUGUGUCACUUAUGGUCCAGAGUGCUAAAGACUACAGCGGGGGUCAUAUCCCUCACAUAUUGGAAGUCAUCAAUGAACCAGAGGUGUCUAAUUUCAUUGGACUGCAGUCAAUUAUUGAUUUCCACAAGGUUGUUGGUCAGAAGCUGAAGUCCAGGUUCGGAAUGCAAGUAGCAGGACCAACGUACACCAGUUAUAGCAUAGUCAAAUCCGACCUCCACAAUUUUGGUAUGUGGAAUAAAACAGCAGUUUUUCUGGACAUGUCUCUUGACCACCUGGACUUUUUCUCCUUCCAUGCCUACAACGAUCUGUAUGUCUCUGGCGGAAAGUUUCGCUUCACUGGCAUUAACGAAGCUCGUCUGGUAGGUGGUGUAGACAUGAUAGAAAAUUACUCUCAUCUUAAAAAAGGUAAAAAGGUUCCUUUAGUUAUCAGUGAAUAUGGAAGAGGUGGCGUGACUGGUCUUGAUCUGAACCUUCACAACAGUAUCAUAGACUUUGCUACAACUUACCUACCUAGCGGUUUCAUGUUUACCUUCCUCAAUCUGAGAGAGUUUCUCGACAGGACCGUGAUCUUUAUGCUUUCGAAUGAGCAGUACGGUAGCCAAACUAGUCUUAACUGGUCCAUAUUUACCAAAGAUGGACGCGAGACUACAAUGGCCAAAUUCUUCAAAUUUUGGCACAGCUUUCAUUAUGAUCAGAAGUUUCUCAAGGUGUCAAGCCCAUACACAGGAUGGGAGAGAUCUGUUUCGCCAUUAGCUUUGGCCGACCCUCACAAAAAGGAGUUGGUAGUUCUUCUCCACAACUAUGGCACUGCCUGGCAGAAUGUGAAGCUGGACUUCCACGGUGGAUGGAUCAACCUUACAACUGGAGAAUCAACAUGUAUCCAGUACAAAAAUGGAAACACAGAAAUGCAUACCAAUGUCCACUUUGACACUACAAAGUACAAUGGAAAUCUAGGUCUCCCGGGUCAGGCAACUUGUUUUUAUAAAUUCAAAACAAAUUACAACUUUGAUGGUUUACGUACCAACAAUGAGAACACCUACUAUGGAAAAGACAUGGUCAUUCCCAUCAACAACGGCCAUGCUCAGACAACCAUCUCCUUACCAAGUUCAGGUUAUCAUACAUCACAUCUUCGAGUAGGCGUCAGUCGUGACAAAAAUGCCAGCGGAAAACCACACAUUGUCGUGUUCAAUGGAUAUACCCUACCCUCAACCUUCACAUUGUUCGACUCCGACAAAGUGCAGUCAACAACUAAAUGGGAAGUAUGGGAGUUCUGGGUACCAGCUGAUAAACUCAAAGCAACUAACACGAUUACCAUGAACUUUGAUGGAAAUGGUGGCCACGUGUCAUCAGUGGCGCUUGUUGUAGGCAAACUGGAAUGAAAUCUUUUCAUAUUU